CUUGCUACUAUUUUCAGUGCUUCAUCUGCAUAAAAAAAAAUGGAAUCCGAUUCCUUGCCUCUCAGUUCCUGGAUGUAUUUCACUACCAUCUUUUUCCUUCAACUUUUCCGUCUUUUUCAUAAUUCUCUUUCCCUUCUUGAAUCAUUAUGGCAGAGGGAGAAGAAGUGUGGUAUUCUAUUUAGGAAGCAAGGAUGAGAAUAUGGUUUCAAAAGAUGGGAUUCACACUGUGAGAAUUGCUAGGUUUCUCAAGCCACUUGUUCAGAGUGUCAACCAAGGUUCCUCACAUUCCAUUGUUGUCUGGAAUUUUCUCCGAGAACAGGCAGAAAUGGCCAUCAGAUGUUCUGUUGAAAGGCUGGAGCAUGCCCCCCCAGAAACAAUGGGAAGAAUGCUUGGAUUGUCUAGCCAAAAAUCACGGUUCCAUUUGGAACCAAAGUGGUAUAUGUGAUGCAAUGAUCAGUUCUAGAUAUGAGCUUCGUUGUCACGAGGAUGUAAUAUUUGGGCUCUUGGAAUACUGGUGUCCUGAAACCAAUACUCUUGUUUUCCCAUGGGGAGAGGCAACCAUUACUCUUGAAGAUAUCGGGAGUCUUGUUGGGCUUCCUGUUCUUCGUGAGCCGGUGACAGAGCCUCUUGCGGGGGAUUCGGUGAAAAUUGAAGAGAUGAGGAAACACCGAAAGCAAAUGUGUCGGAGCAAGUUGAAGAAAGCCCACCAUGGGUCUUGGCUCAAGCAUUUUAUGAACAAUGUGACAUACCAUGAUUUUGCAGUUGCCAUCCAUUUGUCUGAAGGGACCAAGAUUGCACUAGCUCCUGCUGUGCUCGCAAGUCUUUAUAAGAACUUAAGAUUGUUGAAAGAACAGGCUGCUGCUGCUUCGAUCGGGUUCUAUUACCGUUUCAGGUCCCCUGCAAAUAGUUCAGCAAUGGGCUUUUGAGAGGUUCCCACUUCUGGGACCUCAGUGUCCUAAUCUACUUAAACAUGGUGAGCCGAGGGCUGCUAGAUGGCACAAACUGAAUUGUAAAAUCAGGCUGCCACUAACCAGAUCAGUCCUGAAAGUGCCUGACAAUUUUAAAUGGCUUCCAUAUGCCGAUAAUUUGGACAAUCGGCACCAUUCAUCGUGUUACAAAGAAGAUGAUCUAUGAUUCACAAGAACCAAUACUAAGGGUAAGAGCUACAGUACUGCCCACUUGGAGAACCCUUUUGGAUGGUUUGACUCAUAAUUUAAAGAAUGCUAACUUUGUUAAUGACAUGCAUUGAUAGGACGGACAAUUCAUUUAGAUCCUGUUGGCU